CGUAGCUUCAACACGCCGCGACCUCCUUCCAUAGCUAAUUGCAAGGUUCAAGGAUUGUCACGGUUUUGUCCUCGCAAUAUUUCAACUCCACGACUUCACGAUUACUUGGCACGCUUUCACCUCGAGUCUUUAAAGCCUGACUAUACUCAAUUGACCGUUAUUUGCACAAUGACUUUCUCUGUCGAUGACCCGCUCACAUGGCGAGUCACGCUUGAGAAUCCCAUCCGCGAGGUAGACGGCAUGGACUGGGAACGUUGUGCCUCUUUGCAUAAUCUGAUUACUCAACUUGGCUGGACAGGCCCUGGCAACACAGAAACUGAAAUGCCAAGGAGCACAUGGUGGCAGGUAAACAUCACGAAUGAGUCACUUGAAGAAGAGUGGUCGAGACGCUUGUCACCAUCUCUGAAGCUGUUCCUCCAAGCGGCCUACGAAACACCUCAUGGCAAUUUCUUCUACUAUGUCAGUGGUCUGAACGGACCAAGUCGCCUCUAUACUGGAUUGCACGAACAAGGAGGCGCGAUCUUGUCUUUGUACCAGAUGACCAAUCUGAAUCUUAGUGGUCAUCGAGACGGUUUGAACUUUAACCGAGAGACAUCGAGGGCAAUAUUUUGCAGUGAUAUCUUGGACUCACUUGCCACAACCAAUGGCCGUAUGGAAUGGGACCCUCUUGAAGUCGUCUUGAGUGCAUGGCUGGGCAUGAUCGACACAGGCAAAGUCAUCGCUAAAGCUGAAGGCACAGACACCAGAGGGCCGGUGGAAUGUACACCCUGGGAGCUGGUUCCAUACAGCGAGCAUGACUUGGCGCAUGCCGUCAGCUCUUUCAACAAUCUUACCGCGAGGGUCGAAUGCCUGAUUGAAGACCCGUCACUGAGCCCACUGGAAAACCCUGAUGAUCAAAAUAGAUUGCUCGAGGCCUGCACAGCCAAGCUCAAUCCGCCCGCAUCAGCAGAAGAGCUUGGCCUAAUACCUCGGGAUGUGUUAGACAGUGCUGCCAUCCCAGAAGGCUUCAUUCGAGAGUUCCUGCUCCAAGUACGUCGGCCGAAAAAUAUCAAAUAUGUAGCUCCCGGUCUCCGUCUCCCUACCCCAGGCGACUUCAUGCCCCACCCAUUCCAAAAUUUUCGACAACCGGAUACAAUGGAGUACGAUGAUCCGGUCCUUCCAUUGCCUCUCUUUAUCUCAGGAAUCAAAUCCUCAAAGCCGCUUUUUGGUUAUCCUUUCCACGAAGCGUCCAACCUAAGCCACGGGCUCUGGAUGGAGUACUGUAACAAAGCCGCUCAUCACACGUUCGAGGAUACAUGUCGUCUGUAUCUUCCAUUCAAUGUUGGUGCAAAUGGAUUUGCUCGCCUCACCGACGAUUCGUUGAUAGGUGAGAAUCAGGAGGACCAUGGUAUCGCGUCGCCAAAUGGUCGAGAGAAUGAGCUCUAUCAGCCGGGAUAUUGUCAUUUUAUUCCUUGGCAUGGACCGCAGCUUGGGAACGUGCUGGAACUGUGGUCGAAUCUGGUGGGGUUGGGGGAGUGGGAAAUUGGUGAAGAGGGUGUCUUGGGUGGGAUUGAGAAGUUCAGGGAGGCGGAUACGGAGGAGCAUUCACACAAAUAUCAGAUCUUUGCUGAAUGGUGAGCGAAUACUGGAUUAUCGCGUAAAAAUUGAUGUCAAAGUCAUUGUGUCACUUUCACUUGAGAUUAACGUGAUCGUUGGUUGAAUGAGAUGUAUAUACUUCGUCCCAAUUCUUCAACAGAACUCCGUCAAGUUUCUGAUUCAUACAUUACGAUAUAGAGACAC